CCUCUGCAAGGACUCCGUGCUCCGGUUUACCUGUUUGUGGAGACUGCUCGUACCUGCUCCGGUAAUCGCAGUAAGGAUCAAUACAAUAAAAAUGAGCGAUGGACUGAACCUCUCGGACGCCCUGUUCGGCGACUCCGCCUCCAGCGCCCCAACAGUGAGCAACCCGGCUGGUCCCUGGAAUCCGAACAUGGGUUACAGCAACCCUAUCCCAGGAUUCCCUGCUGCAGGAGGGCAACAACCGCAGCCUGCCAUGAUGAGCCAGCUCCCUGUACCCUUCGAUAUGCCACUCCAGGUAGGGGUGCACGACAAGCUGCUGUUCACCAUUGUGGGGACCAUCAAGCCCAAACCCAUCAGCUUUACAAUUGACUUCAAGAGGGGCAACGACAUCGCCUUCCACUGCAACCCCCGCUUCAACGAUGAAGGGAAGAAGGCAGUGGUGCGGAACAGCUUCGUGAACGGGCGCUGGGGACCCGAGGAGAGGCAGCUCACCCAGUUUCCCUUUGUCGAGGGCCAGCCAUUCGAGAUAGCAAUCCUGGUCACUGGGAGUCAGUUCAAAAUGGCGGUCAAUCGGACUCACCUGCUGGAGUUCAACCACAGGGUGAAGCAGCUGAACGAGAUCACCAACCUGCGCAUCUCAGGGGACGUGUUCCUGAACUCGGUCCUGCCCAGCAUCCUGCCCUAGCUGCCCCACGUCCAUUCUGACCCACCACCACCCCCUACAGGCUCCACACCGCAGGCAGGCGGGCAGGCGGGCAGGCGGGUGGACGGGGGGGGUCAGAGUCCAGCCCAGCCCAGCCCAGCCCAGCAAUCAAAACCUUACCUGAAACAUUCAGCUUCAUUUUAAUUUGUUUAAAACAGCAGCAUAGAAAUAUUAUCUUGCCUGCUAUUCACCUCCUUGCAUUAUCUAUGCUAGUUUUGAAAAGGAGCACAAGAUGUUGCAAAAACAAAAAAAAAUUCUAUUUUAUAGAUAGGUGUGUGUGUGUGUGUGUGUGUGUGUGUGUGUGUGUGUUUUAUCUGAAAUCAUUCUCGGUUCAAUAAAACCCCAAGGAGUCUCAAUGUUGCUGUCAUGUAGGUCUGGUUAAUAGAUCCCUGCGAUGUCCUGGAAUAGCUUUUAACUGCAGUCUUUCUCUUAAUUAUCUGGUAUGUUAUUUAGGGUACUGAUUGUGUUUACUUUGAAGGCUGCAUCGGUUAGCUCUGUAAUGUGAUGAGUUUGUAUGGGAAUGUUUUAUAUCUAUGUAAAAGCAUCCUGUUCAAUAAACCUCAUGAGGUGG